UUAGUAAACACCGAUAACAGUGACGUAGAACUCAAACACAUGUAUUGAAUGUUGGAAAUUCAUUCCACAGAUCAAGAAAAAUGCCUCCUACUUCAACCAAAAAGCCAUUUGCUCAACCAAUACCUGAUCCCGUAAUCGAGCCGAUUCAGCCAGCUACAGUGGUAAUUAUUCACCCUGGCUCCUACAACCUGCGACUCGGGCGUGCAUCGGACCCGUAUCCAAUCACAAUUCCCCACUGUGUUGCUCGCAGGAAGAAGGUACAAAGCCCCAGAGUUCCAGAGUCGUGGCUGAUGCGCCCAGAAUGUAACCAUCCAGAAGCUAACCAUCUGAUGAAAACUGGUUUGAAAAAUGCAGAGGAGGCUCUUCUUACCAAACCGAACUCAAUGGGCGGCUACAGACAAACCACUUCAAACAAACAGCAUUUUGCUUACAACCAGUCAUCAAAAGGAGAGAGGACUGAUGUUAUUUGUCCUCUAAAAUGGACACAGACAGACAAGAAACCUGCCUGUAUUAUUGGAGAAGAGGCAUUGUAUGUGCACCCAUCAGACAAUUACACCCUACACUGGCCGAUGCGGCGUGGACGCCUUAACCUCCAUGGGGGACCAUGUGGAUCUCUCACAUCAGUCAUGGCUGACCUUGAGGUCAUCUGGAGCAAGGCUUUGGAAACAUAUCUCAGCAUACCAAUUAAGGAUCUUAAGCACUACAAGGCCAUCAUGCUGAUCCCAGAUGUGUACAUACACAAGCACGUCAAGGCCCUCAUGAACCUACUCCUGGACACCCUCGGCUUCGGCGCCGCCUUCAUUCAUCAGGAGUCUGUGUGUGCGACGUAUGGGACGGGUGUGCCGUGUGCAUGUGUUGUUGACGUUGGGGAUCAGAAGACUAGCAUAUCAUGUGUGGAAGAUGGCAUCUCACACAAACCUACCAGACUAACGAUGGAGUACGGGGGUUCGGAUGUGACGCGGUGUUUCCGCUGGAUGCUGCGGAAGAGUGGUGUGCCCCUGCCGGAGGUGGAUCUGUCCAUACCGACUGACAUCCUACUAAUGCAGGAGCUGAAGGAAUCCUUCUGCCACAUGGAUGUGGACAGAUCUGGCAUUGUGAACCAGUUCCUACAGAUCCGGCAGCCCCAGAAGCCCAUCAUCAAAUUCAACCUGCGUCUGGCCGACGAGCUGCUCCUGUCUCCGCUUGGGAUGCUCUACCCAGACAUGUUUGCUGUGCAGGGGCAGCAGCUUGUCCGGGUUCAGACCCGGUUCGAUGGUGACCCAGUUGACCCCCAUGAUGAGAGCUAUCUUCGACAAACACAGCGAGCCCAACGAGACCUGGCCAAGCUGGGUUCCAAGAAGGAGAACCAGGAGUCUCGGGACGUGACAGAGAGCAGUCAGCUGGAGGACACCCAGCUCAGUCACUCCCAGAUGGACGACGACUCCAACGAUGCUCCGGAGACAUUGGCACUGACCGAAACAAAGACUGGACGGCGCCAUGAUUUGGAAGAGGAAGAGGAGGAAGACACUGAACCCGUGGCUCAGCUGAUGGGGGUCGACGAGGCCAUCCUUCACUGUAUAGAGCAGUGUGGGAGCGAGGAUCUGAAGCGGAAGAUGUACAGCUGUAUUGUUGUGGUUGGUGGGGGGUUGGCACUGUUUGAGGGGGCACAGUCAUGGCUUCAGCACCGGGUGUGGUUGCAGAUGCCCAACCAUCAACGUCUCAUGAUGGAGAAUAUGGACGUACUCACAAGACCAAAGGACAACGACCCCCGUGUGACAUGUUGGAAAGGGGCGGCCGUCAUGGCAUGUCUGGACACGACACAGGAACUCUGGAUUCGCCCAAAGGAAUGGCAGCAGUACAGCUGCAGACUGCUUCGAGAACGUGCUCCGUUCAUUUGGUGAUCAAACCUUACAGCUUCGGUGUUCCGAGAACAUACAAAUUUAUCGACCGAAGGUCUAACUGUACACAGUGGACCAUGAUAAAUGGACAGUCUUGUUCCAAGGUCCAUUCUCCAGUUAUUGUCAUCAGUGGGAGUGGUUACAAUGAGUGACAAUCAGGUGCCGUCAUACCCAGAAAGUAUAUAGCCGCUUAUUGGAUCAACGACCAGUGAAAUGAAAUGACAUAUUUUCUGUACCAGCAACAAGUAGACUUGAGAGAGAGAGCCAGAGAGAGAAUUUGUUUGUUUUUCUGUAUGUUGUUACAUGUUUCAUUCAUUGUAUAUUAAUUCAUGUCAUUUACAAAUAAAUGUUAUCAUAUGUGUUUUGCAAUAA